AUAUGCAUGAUUGUUCAUGGUAGUCACAGCUAACAAAAGCACAAGUUUCUCUCUGAUCUUCUUUUUCACUUGUUUAUUUGUUUGAAUGCUCCAGAUCUCCGUGAAGAUGAAGGUGCUGUUGUUCCUGUUUGUUGUGUGCAUAAAGUCUGUCGAUAACUACAGAAAUGGAAAGGUAAAAGAAGCUUGUCAGGACAUGAUGCCUGACCAUCAUCAUCAUGGCCCCAGCCCUACAUCUCCACCAUACACCGUCACUGUGGAUAAGUCUAUAUUCAGUCCUGGUGAUCAAAUUAAAGUGACUGUAUCAGCAGUGUCUUCAGAGAACAAUGCGUACUUUGAAGGCUUUCUUAUACAAGCCCGAGAUGCUGCAAAUCUCGACGGUGGAUCUGUUGGAACUUUUACUCUCCUUGACUCCUCCAUCUCACAGCUUCUUUUAUGUCACCACAGAGAGGGAUCUGCUGUGAGUCACACCAGUGAUUACCAUAAGACAGAAGUUCAAGUGAUCUGGAUGGCACCACAGAAUCCCCCGCCUGGUGUGCAGUUUCUAGUAACUGUGGUUCGGAAAUUUGAGUUGUUCUGGGUGAAGAUUCCAGGUCCUGUAUUGUCUCUAAAUGGUGCAUCUCCUUCAACACCAUUAUCUCCUCAGACAACCACAGCUCCCACGUCUCUGCCCCGCCCGUUCACUUCAGAACACUGUGGAAGUACCAAGACUUGCCUGAGAGACCCAGAAGGCUGCAAUCCUGAGAACGAUACACUCUGUUACUUCCUGUCCUUCAGAAAAGUCGGGCAGGGUGUACAGUUUGAGCUCAGUGGACCGGCUGCGGGUUACAUCUCCUUUGCCUUGUCAACAGAUAAAUGGAUGGGGAAUGAUGAUGUCUACUUGUGCGUCAGUGACACACACAGCAUCAACAUCACUGCUGCUUAUGUUGAGGGAAGGACACAUCCAGUGACUGCUUCAGAGAAUGUUUUGAGAGAGACUGCAUGGCGGCUGGCUGAUGGGGUCAUUCAGUGCAGCUUUUACAGAAACAUACACAUCCCCACCUCUAAUCAAGAUAGAUUUAACCUGGAUCAGAUGUACUACCUCUUCAUGGCUCAUGGUCGGGCAGAGAAUGGGAGAAUCCAUAGACAUGACCGACAGCCCCUUAUUUCAGCAAAGCAAGUAGUUAUUACUGGGCCACCAAAGGAUCUGAUUGGCUCUCGUGCUCCCUUACUCAUCAAAUUCCAUGCUGCGUUCAUGCUCAUUGGCUGGAUGAUGACUGUCAGCACUGGAGUAAUUAUAGCCAGAUACUUCAAACCUGACUGGCCUGAAACAACUGUUUGUGGACAGAGAGUCUGGUUUCAGCUUCACAGAGGUCUCAUGUUGCUCACAGUCCUUCUGACAUUCAUUGGCUUCAUAUUGCCUUUUGUAUACAGGAGCGGCUGGAGCAAGCGUGCAGGCUCACACCCUUACUUUGGCUGUACUGUCAUGACUCUGGCUGUUAUCCAACCCAUCAUGGCUCUGUUUAGACCUGCUCCAGACUCCUCCAGGAGAUAUAUUUUUAACUGGGUUCAUUUGGGCACAGGCACUAUAGCCCAGGUGCUAGCUGUUGUGGCCAUCUUCCUGGGCAUCCAUCAGCAGGCUCUGCUGCUCCCUGCCUCCUGGACCACAGGACUCCUGGCUGGCUGUGUGGUCUGGUUUGUGUUGGCAGACUUGGCACUAGAGAUGCACAGGAGGGGUAUUUAUCCCAUAGGACAUUUUUUCAGAAACUUUCAAGUCUACACAGAAAACCUCCAAACAGAAGACAAAGAGGGGAUUCUGUUUGUACAGUCCGAGAAUGAGAGCAAGGGGUCUUCUUUCAAAACAGUUGUUUUGGCAGUCUACCUGUGUGGAAACCUUGUAUUUCUGGCUCUUCUUCUGGCCACCAUCAGUGAGGUAUGAUGUUGAAGGAUAACAAGCCUUACUAAUGGCUGCUUUUGUACUCGGCUACUGUUUGAGAAGCUAAAGAUGCCUUAUUGAAGGUUGUUCUUACUAUGAUGCACACUGGAUAACUUGAUCAACCCUUUUAAAGCAACAUUCCAGCAGAUAGUUUUAAGAAGUCCAUUUUCCAGAAAAACUGGAUGUUUAUGUGCCAAAGAAAUGACACAGGAGUUUGAACUGAUAUUGCCAUGAGCCAAAGAUACAGAAUGUCACAUUAUUUGUUUAGUUUUUGUGCUUGAAUCUUUGUAUUCAAAAUGUCAAUGAUUUUGCAUGAAUGAUUUCUGAUGGAUCUGUAUGCAGCACAUUAAAGUAGAAGUGUGUAGAUGAGUUUGCUGAAUGAACACAGAGAGAAGUUCAGCACUUGCCCUUCUUAUUAUGAUUUUAUGAAAUCUCACGUUUUAAAUAGGUUUUUGUGGUAUUUGACAACCAUUACAUUUGGACUAGACUACAUUUUACUAUGUACUAUGUUUCUUAUUGUACUUUAAGACAAAUCAUUUGUUUGUUUAAAGUAAAUGGCAGAAAAAAAAACAGAUUAUAAUUCUGAUUUGACAUAUGAGUGCAUCAAAUCAAAGCAUGUAAUGUUCAAUAUUACUGUGAUAUAUCAGAAAUGAAAACUGUGUUACUUAUAACUCGUGCAUAAUAUAUAUCUUAAGUCACAGGUUCUCAAUUUUGAUAUGUAUUUGGGGUCAGAGAAGAUUGUAAUGAAGUUGUAUGCAUAUAAAAUGAUCUAUGGAAUAUUUAAUAAAAACAAUGGAAGCUAUCAGAUUA